AUGACAUCUACUCGAAGAAUACCCGUAGCUGAAAUAUUGAAAAUUAUCGUUGUUGUCAUAGCAACUGUUCUAGUAGAGCAUGUCGUAUUAUUCAACACCAGGGCUCGAUAUUCGUUAUUCAGUGACGAAACUCUGAUCAGAGAAGUCAACGACAGAAAAUUGAAAUUUGACUAUAAACAUGCCAGUGCAGUCGUCGUGAAACAAGAUAGAGCUAUCUCAACUGGGUGGAAUGUCAACACGAAAGAAGAGUCGUUUCCAGCUGGCCAGACCCCAAUCUAUAGAUGGGAUGGAAGUGGAUGGAACAUGGAACACGAUUUCUGUAAAUGGACGGAUCUGCCUCAGUGUGUGAUGCUAAAUACCACGGCUGGCCAGACUCCAAUAUACCUCAAUGAUCUUAAAAGGGAUUACUGGCUUUCUGCAAGACUGAGCAAGAAGCAAGGAUGGGAGUCUGAGCACAUACAACUCGUACUGGACGAAAUGAAGCACGACCCUGAGAUAGGCUUUCUUGAUAUAGGUUCUCAUAUCGGAAUCUACACAAUAAACAUCGCCAAGACGGGGAGGAAGGUUAUUGCUGUGGACAUCCUGGUCGGCAAUUUGCUGCGACUCUGCAAAUCCAUCCAGAAAGGUGAGCUAACAAAGAACGUGAUCCUGUUUUUCAAUCCCUUGGCGGACGGUCAUCAGGUCAUGACUUUCAGGGAUCAGGGAACCAGUGCCUUUCCUGAGAAGAACAAAAAUCCUGCAAGUGCUUCAGUCUCUCCGUGCAAGGAGUCCAUGUCUUUCCACACGGCAACGCUAGAUGACGUAUUACCGUUCAUGACGUUCAGGAGGGCUUUCAUAAAGAUGGACGUAGAAAGCUUCGAGUACAAGGUUGUGAAAGGAGGAAGGAGAUUUUUCUCGGAGAUAGACGUCAAGGGGAUACUGAUGGAGUGGGUCUUGCAAAAGAACGCUGAAGGCAAACGACUUGUUGAUGAGAUGCUUCAACUAAACUACGUGCCUUAUAAUCCAGAUGGCUCAAACAAUGAAUUGAAUACGAAGAAUCAUACGUCAUGGCCUCAUGAUGUUUUAUGGAGGAAGCGACAACAAAAAUAAAACACUGUAAUUUAAUCACAACCGGUGCUCCACGACUGGUAUAUCAAAGGCUCUGAUGUAUGUGUGGUAUACUAGUGCACGGAUCACACUAAAAAAAUUUAGUUUUAGCCAAUUUACAGAUCUGUGGAGUAUUUCCUUGAAAAAGUAUUCAAAAGUGGUUAAUUUAAAGAAAACUUUAUUAGCCAAAGACUAACUUUUGUAGCAACUUUGUAUAAAAAAAAAUCAGAAACUGUCUAAUUGGGCAAUGGACAGGUUGAGACCUGUUAAUGAUGAUUCAAAGAUUUAAUAUUCCUGGUGUCGAAUUUCCACAAGCAAACGUUGACCCAGUAGGUAUGUGGAGGAUA